AUGGCUUCUGCACAUCAUCUUAAUAUUUUAGCAUUUGGUGCAUCAUUAACUGAAGGUUUCUGUUCAGAUGGUCGUCUAUUUCAUCCAUAUACUAUUCGUCUUUCUCAACUUCUUCGUUCAUUAUGUAAAACAGUUGAUAUUAAUAAUGCUGGUUUAAGUGGUGAAGCAGUUUUAAGUGAUACAAUGUUACCAAGACUUAAACGAUUAUUAUCAUUAACAAAAAUUAAAUAUGAUUGGAUAUUUAUUUUAGCUGGUACAAAUGAUACAAUACGUGAUCAACAAAAAGCUUCUCGAAUUUUUGAUGGUUAUAAAUUAUUAAUUAAUGAAUGUCAUAAUCAUGGAGCACGAGUACUUUGUAUGACUUUACCGGAAACAUCCUAUCCAAGAGAAUCACCAUUUGAUAAACAACGACAAGAAUUUAAUCGAUUAUUACGAGAAGAAUUAAUAUCAAAAGAUAAUGAUAAUAAUAAUAAUAAUAUUAUAGUUCUUGAUCUUGAUCGACUUUUACCACAACAUUCACUUUCUAAUGUUGAACGUCGACAGAUUUGGGAUGAUGGAAUACAUUUAAAACCACAAGGUUAUGAUCGAUUAGGACAAUUAAUCUACGAUAUACUUAAGCCUUAUCUAUCAUAG